GAAACACUUUUCUUUUUUUCUUCCAUACUCAGUGAUACAGCCCCAAUACAAAGAGCUAACAACCUGGCUUCUCUCUCCUCUGAGCACUGUCAGUGAGCACUUGCUGUUUCAGAUGUACUUAAACCCAGUUGUAUAGACAUAAUUUAGCCCAUAUUAUGUAAUAUAGCACUGACUAAUGUGUGUGUGUGUGUGCGCUUGUUUUGUAAUUACACGUGGGCACCGCUGCAUUUGUAACAGAACGGAAAACAUCUAGUCUCUGUUUCCAGGGGAAGCAAUUUGAGGAGAAACAUUGUCGUUCAAAACACACAGUGAGGAGUUAUUUUACAUAUAAGAUUAAUUUAAUCAUGCCGGCAGGUAAAAACUUCAGGAGAAGAAAAGAAGAGUCUUCGGAUGAAGAAGAAACUGAUAAUGUUACUGCUGAAGUCAGAGCCAAACUGCAUGAAGCAAAGGAGCUUCAAAACUUACGGAGACGACAGAAGGGUGUAAGUUUGGCAGCAUUACUGGUAGGAGAAAAGCUACCAAUAGAAGCAGAGACUGAGGAUGAUCCAUAUAAGCUCAAGACGGGAGGCAUUGUCGACAUGAAGAAAGUGAAAGACAGAGCCACAGAUAUAACAGAGGACGACCUGAACCUGGGAACAUCUUUCUCUGCAGAAACAAACAGAAGAGAUGAAGAUGCUGACAUGAUGAAGUACAUUGAAACAGAGUUGAAGAAAAAGAAGGGAGUAAAGGAGGCAGAGGAACAGAAGAUAAAGAUGAAGAAUGCAGAGGAUCUUCUGUACGAGCUGCCGGAGAGCAUCCGUGUCAAUUCGGCAAAAAAGACAGAAGAAAUGUUGUCCAAUCAAAUGCUUAGUGGGAUUCCAGAAGUGGACCUGGGAAUUGAUGCAAAGAUAAAAAACAUCAUCAGUACAGAAGAGGCCAAAGCUAAGCUGAUCGCUGACCAGAGAAAUAAAAAGAAAGACAAUGGAACCUCCUUUGUUCCCACCAACAUUGCCGUGAACUACGUUCAACAUAACCGCUUCUACCAUGAAGAUGCGAACGCACCACACAGACGUCAUGUCAAAGAAGAGCCUAAAGCACGACCACUGCGAGUCGGAGAUACUGAGAAACCAGCACCAGAGAAAUCACCACCCAACAUCCGUAAGAGACCGAACAAUGAGAAGGCCACCGAUGAUUAUCAUUAUGAGAAAUUCAAGAAGAUGAACCGAAGAUACUGAUUCAGAGUGGAUGUUACUUCAAUUAUUCCUGAGUCUGAUAGACUCUCUCUGACUUGUUUUUAUAUGUAUAUAUAAGAGUCGUGACUGGGCUCGACCCUGCGUGUAAUUUUAAAAACUAGACGCAUGGAUGUAAAUUUGAGGGCAGAUAAAAGGAAAUUGUCAGUCAAAACAAAUGAAAACUGCAAUCCUGUGUUUGCACUUUUUUGGGUUGAUCGUGUCCUGUCCAAUUUUUAUUUUGUCCUCCUUAGUUAAUUAAUGGUUGGAGAUGUUGCUUAUUACCUAACCUCCCAUAUAAAUGUUUGGUUCCAUGUAGGUGUUCACGUCUAACUUUAAAAACAGAUUUUCAGACAUUAUACCUAUAUACAUAAACACACAUAUUAAACACAUAUUAAUUAAACACA